UAAGCUCGUGCCUUCCCCUUAGGGGCUACUUGAUAAAUAUCUGUGCGUUGAAUUGCACUGAACCUUAGGGCAUGAGGCCUUUCCGGCCGGCCGCUUCUCCAAGAGACACUGCUGCUGAUACCAGCCUGGGACGUUCCCCGGGGCCGGGCCCAGACCUCUACACAGGGGCCCUCAUGCACAGGGAGGCAUCAUCGUCAAACCGACAGCAGGUUUCGCAGGUGAAGCAAAGCACCAUAGCAGAUUUUUCUCCACGGCCCCGGAUCCUGCCUCAGCCACUCCGUGUUCACAGUAGCAACGCUACUCCCUCCACAUCCCUCUAGUGUCAACUCAGCUGUGAGUUACUUGAAGCAGGAAUGGGGUGGGGUGAACUAUCAUUAUUUACAAAGUAUUCUUUUUAAAUUUUUUUAUUUUAUUGUAACCCAAGUAGAUAUCAAUAAAGAAUAC